AAAUCGCACAAUGUUUUAACGAAGAACAAUGAAAACUUGAAACAGCAGAGAAUGAAAUUGAACGGGUAAAUGCAGGAUCCAAUUACCAAAAACUAUUCUCAUAUUCCUCAAUUUACAACCCCUCCUCCCUUAAACUCCAUUGUUAAUCUUCUUCACAACCUCUAUUUCUCUCUCCUUCAUGGAAGACCAACCUCCAAAACCCAUCAAAGAACUCAUAUGGUUUUCCCUCAUUUCCACUUCAAUCAAACUCCUCUUACUCCCCUCUUACCACAGCACAGAUUUCGAAGUUCAUCGCAAUUGGCUCGCCAUUACCAACUCUCAUCCUCUCUCUCAAUGGUAUUCCGACACCACUAGCCCUUGGACCCUCGAUUACCCUCCAUUUUUCGCCUAUUUCGAGCUCUUUCUCUCUCUUUUCGCUGCAAAAAUUGACCCCACCAUUGUUAAUCUUCAUAAAGGUCUCAAUUACAAGGCAGAUUCCGUCGUUUAUUUCCAGAGAAUUACAGUGAUUGUUUCCGAUUUGGUUCUUCACUAUGCAAUUUAUCGAAUUACUCGAAAAUUGGAUUCGACAAAGCGGAGAUUGAUCUGGGUUUUGGUUAUUUGGUCGCCUGCAUUGUUCAUUGUUGAUCAUAUGCAUUUUCAGUAUAAUGGGUUUUUGUUGGGAUUGCUUUUGGUUUCGAUUUCAGCGUUAAUGGAGGGAAGAGAUUUGAUGGGGGGUUUCUUUUUUGCGGUUUUAUUGUGUUUUAAGCAUUUGUUUGCUGUUGCUGCUCCUGUUUAUUUUGUGUAUUUGUUGCGGCAUUAUUGUAGAGGUGGAUUGAUCAAGGGUUUUGGGCGGUUUUUGAUGAUGGGGUUGGCGGUAGUGGUGGUUUUCGCGGCGGCUUUUGGGCCAUUUGUGUACCAUGAUCAGAUGCUUCAAGUCAUCCAUCGAAUGUUUCCUUUUGGCAGGGGUCUAUGUCAUGCAUUUUGGGCUCCAAACUUUUGGGUGUUCUACAUAAUGGCAGAUAAACUACUUGCUUUCUUUCUCAGAAGCAUGGGUUUUAAUGUCCAAAGACCAACAGGUUCUUUCACUUCUGGGCUAGUGGGGGACUCAUCACCUUUCGCUGUACUGCCUCAGAUCACUCCUUUGAUGACCUUUAUGAUGGUCUUGCUAGCUAUCUCUCCUUGUCUUUUCAAGGCCUGGAAGAAUCCUCGACCAAGGAAGAUUGCUAGAUGGAUAGCUUAUGCUUAUUCAUGUGGCUUUGUAUUUGGUUGGCAUGUCCAUGAGAAGGCAAUGCUUCACUUUCUUAUCCCUCUGGCGAUUAAUGCAGUGGACAGUAUUAAUGAUGCAUGCCAUUACCUUUUGAUCUCAAUAGUCUCAUGCUACUCUCUCUUCCCACUUCUGUUUGAAGCCAGAGAAUACCCGAUAAAAGUGACACUGCUGCUUCUGCACUGCAUUCUUAUGUGGUUUGGUUUCUCCAUUUUUUCUGAGGUAACAACUACAAAUUCAAAGAAAGAUUUGCAGAAGAAGAAUGACGAACUGAGAACUGAGGAAAACCUGGGCAUUUCUGAGAAAGGUGGGUUUGGCAUUGGAUGGAUCUACAAGAGCUACUUGAUAGGUAUUGUGGCGGUUGAAAUAUGGGGUCAAUUUCUACAUCCUUACAUUCUUGGGAACAAGCUUCCGUUUCUACCUUUGAUGUUAGUUUCUGUAUAUAGUGCAUUAGGAAUCAUGUACUCUUGGAUUUGGCAGCUGAAAUGGAUAAUUCUCUAUUCUUGAUGUCUCAUUCUUUCUUCUCGUUUCCUAGUCUAGUCAUUCUGUUAUUCAAGGUCAUACGUUGAGCAACUUGAAUUUGUUAUUCCGGCUCGAAUCUUUUCUCAUUGUCUCUUCGAUACUUGCAUGUAUUAUAAACAGAAGCAGUCCAAUUUGGUGCUGGUUAAACAUGAACCAAAGGGAUUGAUUAUCA